GAGGCCCCGCCCCCAGCAACGGUCGCAAGGUUAGGAAGCAACGGCUGCUCUGUCGCCUUCCUUCCGGCUCUUCCCUGGCAAGCCGCGCGCCUUUGCUUCGUGGUUCUUCAACCAAGAUGGAAGCUGUUUUAGAGCCCAGAGUGAAGAUGGAGGAGCCAAGUCCACCCAGCCCCGAAGGAGAAAGAGAGCCCAAUGAAACAUGGAGCAGAAGAAGUGUUGGAUUCUCGGAGAGAACUGGGCAGGAUGUUCUAUAUGAGAAGGAGUUCAACACAGACUUUCAGCACCAUCGCUUCUGCUUCCAGGAGGCCUUGGGGCCCCGGGAGGUCUGUAGCCGCCUCCACUCUCUCUGCCGCCUGUGGUUGAAGCCAGAGCGACACUCCAAGGCGGAGAUGCUGGACCUGGUGCUCCUGGAGCAGUUCCUGGCCGUCCUUCCUGCGGAGAUGGAGCGCUGGGUGAGGGAAUGUGGGGCAGAGACCAGUUCCCAGGCCGUGGCUUUGGCUGAAGGAUUCCUCCUGAGUCGGGCAGAAGAGGAGAAGGCGCAGCAGGAAGAGCGUCAGGAGAGAGAGGUCCCUCAGGCCCAGGAGGCCCCAUUGGAGACCAGCUUGCCUUUCAGGUGGAUUAAGGUGGAGGAUGAUACAGAAGAGUCUCCACUGGGAGUUGAGCUAAGGGUGCUAGGAAGAUGUGACAGCUCCACUCUUUCUGAAGCAGCAGAAGUGGCUCCCAUUCAACAAGAUCAGAUGAUGUUUGAGGAUGUGGCUGUACAUUUCACUGUGGAGGAGUGGGCCUUACUGGAUCUGAAUCAACAGGCUUUGCACUGGGAGGUCAUGGAAGAAAAUUAUAGGAUAGUGGCUUCUCUGGGUGGUGAUGAACAAGUGAGUGAAAAUGGGGGAGCUCCAAAUAAAAUAUGGCUGAAAAGAGCGAGAAGUAAAAGGGAAGAAGAAAGCCUGAGAAUGGAACCAGAAGGAUAUAACGGGAAGCAGUGCCCUGUCGACACCAGGGAAAUCACAAUCCAAGAGACAAUAGAUGAAAGUAGGGAGAUUGGAAACAGCCCUGUCUAUGAGAAUGGCUUCUUCCAGGAGGCAUCUAGUAUACACCCAGCAUACAAUGAAAAAUACCAAAUUGUGGACAAGCCAUAUACAUGCCUGGAGUGUGGAAAACGCUUUCAUAAAAAUAGAUAUCUCCAUAGACACCAAAAAACCCACACAGGAGAAAAGCCAUAUAAAUGCAUGGAGUGUGGAAAAUGCUUCUUUCAUAAAAAAGAUCUCAGCAGACACAAAAGAACCCACUCACAAGAGAAGCCAUAUAAAUGCCUAGAGUGUGGGAAAUGCUAUACCCAAAAAAGUGCCCUAAGUAGACACCAAUACACUCACAAGGAAGAGAAACCAUAUAAAUGUUUGAAGUGCGGAAAAAGCUUUGUUUCAAAUAUAAAUCUCAUUAGGCAUGAAAUGAAUCACAGAGGAGAAAAGCCAUAUAAAUGCCUGGAGUGUGGAAAAUGUUUCUUUCAAAAAGCACACCUCAAAGGCCACAAAAGAACCCACACAGGAGAGAAGCCACAUCGAUGCCUGGACUGUGGAAUAGGUUUUUGUGAUAAGAGCAAUCUUAUAAGACAUGAAAUGAAUCACAGAGGAGAGAAACCCUAUAAAUGUCUUGAAUGCGGGAAGAGUUUCUGUUGGGAAAAUGCCCUAAAGCUGCACCAAAACACCCACAUAGGAGAGAAGCCGUAUAAAUGCCUGGAGUGUGGAAAAUGCUUCCCACAAAAAAGAAUGCUCAACAAACACCAAAAAACCCACACAGGGGAGAAGCCAUAUCAAUGCCAGGAAUGUGGAAAAUGCUUCUUUGAGAAAGGAAACCUCAAACGCCACCAAAGAAUUCACACAGGAGAGAAGCCAUAUAAAUGCCUGGAGUGUGGAAUAGCGUUUUCUGAUAAGAGAAGUUUUAUUGGACAUGAAAUGAGUCACAGAGGAGAGAAACCCUACCAAUGCCUGGAGUGUGGGAAGAGUUAUAACUGUAAAUCUGUUCUCACAGCUCACCAAAACAGUCAUACAGGAGACUGUGGGAAGAGUUUUAGCUAUACUUCAGACCUCAGUCAUGUCCAGGAUAGUCAUAUAGAAAACGAAACCAAAAACAUGUGCGGAAUGAGAGAAGAGCUUCCAUUGGAGGUCAAGUCUCAAGACUCAAUAAUAAACCCAGAAGGGAAAGAAGUCAACAACCCUGGAAUCUGAUAAAGAGUUUGAACUGCACAUCAGUCCUCAAAUAUUACCUGAAUGUUUGUAACAAAGAGAAAGUAUACGUAUUCCUGCCUUUUGGAAAGAGUUGAGUUGCACAACAAGCUUCGUGAUGCACUAAAAAAAAAAAACCCAUAGGAAAAGAUGCCAUGGAAAUGCCUUGAGUGUGAUAAAGCCUUCCCUCAGAAGCAUGAAAUGAGUCACAGAGGAGAGAAGCCUCUAAAUGCUCAGAGGGUGGGAAGAGUUGUGUCCUCAAAUCAGGUCCCAAAACCCCCCAGGAGAAAAACAUGGACAUGCUAAGACGGUGGGAAAAGUUCGAUCUGUCAGGUAUUUCUUUAACCCAAAGCAGAGUUUCUCAUCUCAAACCAUCAAGCAGUAUUAAAGUACUUUCUAUAGUAAGGGCAAUACUUGCAAUAAACAACCGACUCAGGAGCUUCUUUUCACAGGAAGGCUUCAUCUUUUGUUGUAGAUAUUUACAACAUUCACAGCUCUCUCCAGAAUCAUCCAAUUCACCAUACAGUAUCACCCAACGCCAACUUGGAUGUCCUAGUCUUUUACACUAUAUCUCUAAACUGUUCUCGUUUGUCUGCAGCAUAAUAAUUUGGUCAGGUGAAAGAGAAAGUUCAUAAACACCUUGUUUCUGUAUUCCUUCAGCAUGUAAGACUUUAUUUAAGGAGAUUUCACAUUUGUUUCCUUCAAAAUGUGUAUUGCCAAAGCUUUGUUUUCUUAUGUUGAGAUACAUAAGCCUCCAAUGGCGUGGGCUAAAGCCUUAUGACUUGAAGAUUGGGUUGCUGACCUGAAGGCUCCCAGGUUCGAAUCCAACCAAGGAAAGUGCGGAUGAGCUCCCUCUCAGCUCCAGCUCAAUGCGGGGGACAGAGAAGCCUCCUACAAGAAUGGUAAAAACAAAGCAUCCGGGCGUCCCCUGGGCAACAUCCUUGCAGACGGCCAAUUCUCUCACACCAAAAGCGACUUGCAGUUUCUCAAGUUGCUCCUGACACAAAAAAAAGUUGAGAUACUGAGUAUGUUGCAUUCUAGGGUUAGUACAUAUAAGGCAUCUUCUGCUAUAUUCUUUAAAUUUUUAUUUGGUAAUUUACAGUUGAAAAUACAGUUUUCUGCUCCUGCUAUUUUGAUAGAUUCACCAUUAGCUACUUUGAUUCGUUCUCCAACAUUCUGAACUAUGUCUACAAAAUUCUCAGGUUUAGAACGGUGUUGGCUAUAUCCGUAAUCAAUAAUUGAUAUAGGGAGCAUACGACUCCCAUGUUGCGUCAGCUCCACUGGUUUCUAGUUCUCUACCGAGGACAAUUCAAAGUGCUUUGGCCUAUAAAGCCCUAAAUGGCCCCGGCUCUCUCUAUGAACCACCACAGAGAUUAAGAUCUUCCAGGGAGGCCUACUUUCGGUCCCACCACCAUCACAGGUGCGAGAGACAGGGCCUUCUCUGUGGUGGCCCCUCAGCUAUGGAACUCCCUCCCUGGUGAGUUUAGAUCAGCCCCCUCCCUCCUGUCCUUCAGAAAGAUGGUAAAAACUUGGCUGUGGGACCAGGCCUUUGGGACAGUGCAAUAAGGCAACAAUAGGAAACUCUACCCUGUAGACCUGGUUUUUAAACAAUUGAUUUUAAAGUGGAGAUCAUUGAUUUUAGUGUUUAUGUAUAUUUAUAGUUUAUGUUCCGGCAUUGAAUGUUUGCCGUACAUAUGUUGUGCUCCGCCCUGAGUCCCCUUUGGGGUGAGAAGGGUGGAAUAUAAAUGUUUUAAAUAAGUAAAUAAAUGUAUUCUUGUUGUCUUUCGUUUCAUCAAUUUUCAUGACUGCUGCUUUUGAAUAGAGAUUCCUCUGUGUUUGAUUCUUUUGAGAAUUUCCUGUAUUGGAAUUACUUUUGUGAUCCUGUCUCUCUGACUUCUGAUCAUUGAAGGGCAUACUAUUUCAUUUUGGUACUCUACAGUCUCUGGAAAUGUGUCCCUGAUGACUGCAAUUAAAGCAUUUCCUGUAUUCUUUGUUAACAUGUCUAUUCUUUAUCAUGUAAAUUGAGCUUGUUGGCUCUCUGCUUUCAAGAUUUGUAGAUCCCUUAAUAUCAGUAUAAUAGUCUCUUAAUCUUCCUAAAGCUUGCUCAAAACUUAGUUGUGGACUUGCUUCUAGCAGAAUGCGGAAACCUUCAAAAUAGUCAGCUAAAGUUAUUCUAAAAAUGCUCUGAGAGAAAUAAAGGCAUAUUAUGGCCUCA